AAUCCUGUCACCUGCGGUUUCAAAGGCUAAGCACCUGAAAGACGGAAUUACCCUAAUUUCUCUGCACAAUCCCAAGUGUUGGCGCAAACAGUCAUUUCAUCUCUGAGCUCUCUCGAUCAGUUCAAACUUUACCCCUCGGAAACCUCCAAAAUUCAAUCCACAUCCUCCUCCGAUGGCCACCCUCUCCGCCUUCUCACCGCCCUCCUGGCCGGACCCCAACACCGCCACCUUCCUCUCCGAGACCACCGACGCCGACGCCGACUCCAUCGCCACCGCCGACGACCACGACCCGCAAUCGCCUCCUCCAAACCCUGACCUCAACAACAACACCACCUUCUCGCCGUCGCCGCCGGACCCAACCCCUGCGACGUCGCGCUCGCCUCCGUCGCUGUUCCACCUCUCGUUCAAUCAGGACCAGGCCUGCUUCGCCGUGGGCACCGACCACGGCUUCCGGAUCUACAACUGCGACCCCUUCCGCGAGCUCUUCCGCCGCGACUUCGACAACGGCGGCGGAAUCGGCGUCGUGGAGAUGCUCUUCCGCUGCAAUAUCCUGUCCAUCGUCGGCGGUGGGCCCGACCCUCAGUACCCAACCAACAAGGUCAUGAUUUGGGACGAUCACCAAGGCCGGUGCAUCGGCGAGCUUUCGUUCCGCUCCGUCGUCCGGUCCGUGCGCCUCCGCAGGGACCGAAUCGUCGUCGUUUUGGAGCAGAAGAUUUUCGUGUACAAUUUCGCCGACUUGAAAUUGCUCCACCAGAUUGAGACGAUUGCGAACCCCAAGGGGCUCUGCGCGGUGUCGCAAGUGGCCGGGUCGCUGGUGCUGGUUUGCCCGGGGUUGCAGAAAGGGCAGGUUAGGGUUGAGCACUAUGCUUCCAAGAGGACCAAAUUCAUCAUGGCUCAUGAUUCCAGGCUCGCCUGCUUUGCUCUGACGCCGGACGGCCAGUUACUGGCCACCGCCAGCAGCAAGGGGACCCUCAUUCGGAUUUUCAAUACACUUGAUGGGAGUUUGCUUCAAGAGGUAAGGAGGGGAGCAGACAGAGCAGAAAUCUAUAGUCUGGCAUUCUCUUCUACUGCCCAGUGGCUAGCAGUCUCGAGUGAUAAGGGAACAGUCCACGUUUUCAAUCUGAAGGUUAAUUCCGGAUCAAGUGGAAAUGAGAUGCGUACUUCCUCUGAUUCUAAUAUAGUUACUUCAUCAUCAAACUCAUCUCUUUCUUUCAUCAGAGGUGUUUUGCCCAAAUAUUUUAACUCAGAGUGGUCUGUUGCUCAGUUUCGCUUGCUUGAGGGUUCUCAAUACCUUGUUGCUUUUGGCCACCAGAAGAAUACAGUGGUCAUUCUUGGCAUGGAUGGAAGCUUCUAUCGGUGCCAGUUUGACCCGGUGAAUGGAGGAGAGAUGACCCAGCUGGAAUAUCACAACUUUCUAAAGCCAGAAGAAGCCUUCUGAAAGUUGAUCAUUUGUAUUUUCCGAGUUCAUCUACAUGGCCACAGUGUUCGUUUUACUGCUUUGUCUGCUGUAUUGUUUUUUCCCCUAGCUCUAGGAUACGGUUCUAAUCAUGUUGUAAAUAUAUAUAUUAGUAGUACAUAUAAAUAUGUAAAACUGUAAAUUUGUGACUGCUGUACCAACUUCUGAAAAAAAAAAAAAAAAUUAAUCAAUAAAGAACAUGUAUAUAUUUAUCUCUGA